GCGGGAAGUAACUAACAGUAGAGUACUGUUUAUACUUUUUCGUUUGUGAUUGAGCUGAUGUUAAAAUGUCCAAUGAUAAAGUAGCCCAUUGGAAAGAACUUUUGAAGAGGAGAUUGGCAUCUUCAAAAAAGGAUGAGAUAACUGAGGAGGAGAAGAAAGAGGAGGAAACCGCCCUGUUCACAAAGUAUUACACAGAGUGGAGGGGAGGAGAGAAACGAGACUCCUCGUACAAGGACAUACCACGCUUUUACUACAGGCUUCCAGCUGAAGAUGAAGUUUUGCUGCAGAAACUACGUGAAGAAUCCAGAGCUGUGUUCCUGCAGCGGAAAAGUCGAGAGCUUCUAGACAAUGAGGAAUUACAGAGCCUGUGGUUUUUGCUGGACAAACACCAGGUACCUCCCAUGGCUGGAGAGGAAGCGAUGAUCAAUUAUGAUAGCUUCUUGAAGGUCGGAGAAAAAGCAGGAGCAAAGUGCAAGCAGUUCUUCACUGCCAGAGUGUAUGCCAAACUCCUUAACAGUGAUCCAUAUGGACGGAUAUCAAUAAUGCAGUUCUUUAACUAUGUCAUGCGAAAAGUUUGGCUUCACCAGACCAGGAUCGGGCUGAGUUUGUAUGACGUAGCAGGACAGGGCUACCUCCGGGAGUCGGAUCUGGAGAACUACAUUCUAGAGCUCAUCCCCACCCUACCUCAGUUGGACGGCCUGGAGAAGUCCUUCUACUCAUUCUAUGUGUGCACGGCGGUCCGCAAGUUCUUCUUCUUCCUGGACCCCCUGCGCACUGGAAAAAUAAAAAUUCAAGACAUCUUGGCUUGCAGUUUUUUGGAUGAUCUUUUGGAGCUUAGAGAUGAAGAACUGUCUAAGGAGAGUCAGGAGUCUAACUGGUUUUCGGCCCCCUCUGCUCUGCGAGUGUACGGUCAGUACUUGAAUCUGGAUAAGGACCACAAUGGGAUGCUGAGCAAGGAGGAGCUGUCUCGCUAUGGCACUGGAACCCUGACUGAUGUCUUCCUGGACCGCGUCUACCAGGAAUGCCUCACUUAUGAUGGAGAAAUGGACUACAAGACCUACCUGGACUUUGUGCUGGCUUUAGAGAACAGAAAGGAGCCGGCUGCUCUCCAGUACAUCUUCAAGCUGCUAGACAUGGAGAACAAGGGCUACCUCAACGUGUUUGCGCUCAAUUACUUCUUCAGGGCCAUCCAGGAGCAGAUGAAAUUGCACGGGCAGGAACCAGUGUCUUUCCAGGAUGUCAAGGAUGAGAUAUUUGACAUGGUGAAACCCAAGGACCCGUACAAGAUAACCCUCCAGGACCUGGUGACCAGCAGCCAGGGAGACACAGUCAGCAGUAUCCUCAUUGACCUGAACGGGUUCUGGACAUACGAGAACAGAGAAGUGCUUGUGGCCAAUGACAAUGACAGCAGUGCAGAUCUGGAUGACACAUGACACUGCUGGUGACUGGACUUCAUGGCAGGAACACCAGCUCUGCCUUCACAGAAAUGUUCACAAGAAGGAUUAUAUGUGGAUAAACUCCCACACUCGAGUAGAGAAAUAUGACAAAUG